AUGAAGAGGAAGAGUAUCCAUUUAUUUUUUUAUAUGGUCAUACUAUCAUUCAUUUUAUAUAAUAAAAUUAUAAACGUCUUGAACUCUCCAAUUAAUAAUUGUAAAAAUAAAAAUGAUGAUUUGAAUUUAAAGAGAGGAAAUGAUGAAGAUAGUAAUAGUCGAAUGAGUACAUCUACUGCUGUGUUUUAUUUGUCAGAUGAAAGGAUAUAUAUUAAUGAACAGCAUUUUACUAAUAUUAAAAUACUUCAAAAUAUAUUUAUGGAACGCAUAAAAUCUUAUGAAUAUAAAAAAGAAUUAGAUAAAUUAGGAUUAUUAAAUAUAAAAACAUUAUUAUAUGAAGAUUUUAAACAAGAAAUAUAUAAUAGUAUGAAAUUAAUAUUUCAAUUUAUUAAGCAGAAUUUUUAUUAUUUAUGUAAAUAUAUAAAUGAAGAGAAGAGAAGAAAUAAUAUAUCAGGAAAUGAUUAUUUAUCAGAUAAUGAAAUAUUUUCAAUAAUAAAAAAUAAAGUUAUGAAUACAAAUGUAGAAAAAAAUAAAAAAUAUCUUGAUUUAUUAAAUUAUUUAAUAAAAUUAAAAAGAAUAUUUAAUAUAUCUUUUUCAAUGAACUUAGAAAAAGAGUUAAGACCAAUUAUAUUAAUAACUCGUGUUAAUCUUGAUAAUAAUUCUGUACAUAUUAAUAUAAAUAAUAAUAUGUCAGAAGAAUCUAUUGAUGAAAUGAAAAAAGAGGGAUCAUUAAAAAAAGAUAAAUCUGUAGAAGAAAUAUCUAAAAGUAUUUUUAAUCCAAUAAAAACAAAUAGUUUAUUUGUUAAAAUAUCUAAUACAUUUAAAUGGCCAUUGAGUUUUUAUAGAAAUUUAUGUUAUAAAAAUAAUUAUAAAGCAGCUUCAGAAAAUUGGGUUAGCUAUUUUUAUGAUCAUAAUGAAACCCUAUGUCAUGUAGAAACAUGUGGUACAGGUGAUUGUUUAUUUCUAUCAUUAAAAUAUUUAUUAGAAAAUAAUGGUAUUAAAAAAAAUAAUUUAGUUGUAAAUAAAAAUGUAAGAGAAAGUAAAUUCAUUCCAUGGUAUAUUGAAAAGGUCAAACAAUCAAAUAAAGUAAAUUAUGAAGUAACUGAUUUGAGAUAUAUAACUACAUUUUAUGUUAUUAAAUAUUUUCCAGGAUAUUCCUCUGAUACAGAUAUAGAUGAGAAUCAUAUAAAAGACAAGUUAGAUUUGCUUAUAAAUUUAGAGUUAACUAAUUAUUAUUUAGAAAAGGAUUUAAUGUAUCAGAUGAUGAAGAAUAAAGGCUCCACAGAGAAUCUGCAGGGUAUUUUGAAAGAAACUGAUGAAAAAGAAGAGAAUAUUGAAGAAAUUGAUGAAACGGAAUAUGAGGAUAAAAAUAUAACAGAAGAUACACGUGAUGAUAAGGAUCACAUAAAAAAUAACAACAACAACAACAAUAAUAAUAAUAAUAAUAAUAAUAAUAAUAACUAUAUUAGUGGUGAUGAUGAUGUUACAGGUCGUUAUAAUAAUGAUGCAAACACAAACAAUAACAAUGACGAAGAAAAAGAUUUAAUUAAUUUUAAUGAUGAUCCUAAUGAUAUAACAAAUUCUAAUGAAGAAGUACAAGAAAAUAGAGAAUAUUCUAAUUCAAGUAAUAAUUAUGUUAUUGAAAAAGAAAACGCUUAUGAUCCAUAUGAAAGCUUUAGCAGUUUUAGUAGCUCCAGCAGUGAUGACGAUAAAACAUAUGAAAGUAAAAAUAACGCCUCUGUUUCUUCUUCAAAAAAAAGUAAUAAUGGAGAUGUGGAUUCAUCACUACUUACAAAAGAAGAUAAUGAUGGUAGUUCUAAUAAUAAUGAUAUAAAUAAAAAUAAGGAAAAUAAUUUUAAUAGUGAUGAAAAUUUUAAACCUAUAUAUGAUUUAUAUAGUAAUAAUGAAAUUACAAUAUAUAAAGUAAAUAAUAAUGAUGGAUCUAAAGGAUUGAAGGAAACUAGAAGAUACAAGAGUGAACCACAUUAUAGAAUUGUUUAUAGGAAUAAUAAUUCAUCAAAUACUUCUAAUAAUUAUAUAUCACCACAUUUUAAGAAUGAAGAAAAUAUUGAUAAAAAUAAUAAAAGUGUUACAUUAAGUAAUAAUGAAAAUAAUAACAAUAACGGUGAUGAAAAAAAAAAAAAUAGUAUUAAUAAUAAUAAUGUAGAAGACAAGAAAGAACUUUAUGAUAAUGAAUCUAAUAAUAAGUCUAUAAACGAAGGUGCAAAAAAGAAAACUACUAAACAACAAGGUAUUAUUAAUUAUUAUGAAAAAGAUAGAAGUAUUAAUAAUAAUUCUAGAUCCAAGUCCUUAUCUGCUAAAGGAAAUAAAUUAAGUGGUAAUGAAAAGAAUAAUGAUAAGAAUUUUAAUAAGGAUAGUCGUAAAGAUAAUAAUAAUAAUAAUGUUUCCAUUAUUGAUAAUGAAAAAGAAAAAAGUGGUAGCUCAAAUAAAAGUAUAUUUCAAAAAAUAAAAAGUAUGUAUUAUGAUAAUCAUGAUGAUACAGAUGAUUAUGCAGAUAUAUUAGAUGAAGUACAUGAUGAUGGAUAUAGAUUAUAUGAAUUAAUUUUUAUAAAAUUAGUAUCAUUAUCAAAAAAUAAAUUAAAAUUAAAUGAAUUAAUGAAAUUAUCAAAGAAUGAUUUAAAAAAAUUACAAGGAACAAAUCAUAAAGUAAAGGUUAUUGCUUCACAUAUGUUUAGUAAGAAAUUAUCAGAAGGUAGUGUACUACCAUUUUAUUCAUUUCUUAAUAUAAAAAAUAAAUUAAAUAAUCCAUUUAGUGAUAUGGAUUUUAGUAAUAAAGAUUAUUAUGUAGUGGUUAUGAAAACAUCAUUUAAUAAAGAUAUUAAAAGAAAAAAAGAUGGAUUAGUAACUCGAAGUUUAUUAUUAAAUCAUAGAGGUGAUUGUAUAUCCUACUGGUCUAUAAAAAAUAAUGAUUUUCAUUUUACAUGUGAUAAUAAAGUAAUUCAAACCAAAACUUUUAAAGAAAAAGCAUCAGCAUUUUUUUAUGAACGUACUAGAUUAGGACAUGUACACUGGGGAGAUGAAACUGAUUAUGAUGCUUUUCAAAAAAUGUUUAAUAUUGGUCUUAUAACAUUUAUGAAUAAUAAUACAAAAUUUUUCUUCUCUAAAAGUACUUUUAAAGAAUAUCCAAUGCAUCUCCUCAUCUAUUUUUAUUCAGGUAUUCACUUUGAACCGGGAGUGCAUGUAGUCUUAAAAGGAAAAAAUGAAACAUGUCAUUCUUCAUAUAAGACAGGUGAUAUACCUAACUCUUUUAUGGAGAUACCAGAGAAAUAA